AUGGACAUAAAAGCCACCACCUCCAAGAAAUUCCUCCAGCUGCUCCUUUGGCAGGUCGCUCUCCUAGGGCCUGCCUUCUGCGGGAACGUGUUGGUCUGGCCGACAGAAGGCAGCCACUGGCUAAACGUAGAGAUAGUUAUACAAGAGCUCAUCCACCGUGGGCACAGUGUUACCAUUCUGGUAUCCAACGCUUCCCUCUUUAUUAAACCGAGGACUGAGGCUGCAGAGAAGUUUGAGGUCUAUAAUGUGCCCUUCAAGAACGACACCAUUGAGAACCUGAUUGAGGAUGUAGUGGCACUAUGGCUGAAUAACAGGCCAACAACCUUGACCUUCUGGCAGUUUUACAAGGAGCUGGGAAAGCUGUCCAAAAACUGGCACAAGAUGAACAGGCUGAUGUGUGAUGCGGUGCUAACCAACCGAGAGCUGAUGGCCCACUUGCAGGGGUCUAGCUAUGACCUCCUGCUGUCAGACCCAGUGACCCUCUGCGGGGAUCUCCUGGCUCUCAAGCUGGCCGUACCCUUCAUCUACUCGCUGCGCUUCUCGCCAGCCUCCACUGUGGAGAGGCACUGUGGCAAGAUCCCAGCCCCACCAUCCUACACGCCUGCAGCCCUGUCUGAGCUCACCGACUGCAUGUCCUUUGGUGAGAGAAUAAAAAACAUUGUGUCUUACUACCUGCAAGACUAUGUUUUCCAGAGCUACUGGGGAGAAUGGGAUAUCUACUAUAGCAAAGGGUUGGUCUGGGCGGCUGACAACAGCCACUGGCUGAACAUGGAGUACAUACUACAGGAGCUGGUGGCCCGGGGCCACGAGGUAACUGUACUGCUGCCUUCAUGCUUUCUCAUCCUCAACGCCACACAGCCCUCACCUUUCCAGUUUGAGGUGAUUGAGGUGCCAAUCACCAAAAAGGAGAUGGCUGACUUCCUGGAAGAACACUUGUAUUUUUGGUUUUACGAGGAGAGCGUGCUACCUCUCUGGGAAAGUCUUUACAAGAUAGCUCAACUGAUACACAAGCUGCAGAAUGUAACCAAAAUAAUUUGUGAUGAAGUCCUGAAGAACGAGGCGCUGCUGGAAAGACUGAGGGCAUCCAACUUCGAUGUCUUCUUGGCAGACCCACUGGCACCCAGUGGAGAGCUGUUUGCUGAGAAGCUGGGUAUCCCCUUCGUGUACACCAUCCGAUUCUCCAUAGGCAACACCGUGGAGCGGCUUUGUGGGCAACUCCCAGCACCUCCUUCCUACGUACCAGCCACCCUAAGCCGCCUAACAGAUAGGAUGUCCUUCCUGGAAAGGCUAAAAAACACCUUGUUCUAUGCUCUGCAGGAUAUUAUAUAUCAUUACCUUCUCUGGGGAAGCUGGAAUCAAUACUACAGUGAUGUCUUAG